GUAAAAGAAAGGAAAGAUCCUAUUGAUUCGAAAGAAACAAUAUAAAUUAUAUGUUAUAUAGAUAUAUACACAAGAGUUAUUAAAUAAAUUGUAAAAUUUAGAGAACAACGAUAUUUUUAUUUAAUAUUAAAGAGAAUUUAUUUUUAACUGUCUUUGAAUGAAUAUGUCUCCUAUGAAAAGGGAAUACUUGGUAAGUUUACCCAAAUUUUAUAUAGGUACCUAAAUUUUUUGUAUACAAUUAUAUUAUUAUUUUUAUUUUUUAUACCUAUUUCAUUAUUGUAUGUAGCCUCCACCAUUAUCGCCAAGUCCCGUUUUAGAUAUAAGCGAUGAUGAAUUGGUGACGAUUUCGGUACGUGAUUUGAAUCGCCAACUUAAGAUGCGUGGUUUAACAAGAGAUCAAAUAGUGCGUAUGAAACAACGAAGAAGAACAUUGAAAAAUCGAGGUUAUGCAGCCAGGUAAUUGUUUAUUAUUUUUUAAAUUUUCUUUUCAGAUAUUAUUAUAAUUGUUUUCAAAUACUUCAUUAAAUUUAUCAAAGUUAAGAAGUAACGUUUAAUUAUAAAUAGAUGCAAUAAUUACAAUUAUAUAGGCAAUAAAUGUAUACAAUAAAUUAUAUUGUAGUUAUUAUCAUUGGUUUAACUUAUAUUUUAUGAAUGAAAAAGUAAAAAUUGUCUAAAAUUACAGCUGCCGUAUUAAGAGAAUUGAACAAAAAGAUGAACUAGAAACAGAGAAAUCUCAAGAAUAUCAGGAACUAGAUGAUUUGCAACAUUCAAAUAAUAUGAUUCGAUCAGAGGUUGAAAAUACUGUCAGACAAUUUGAAAUGCUUAAAAUAUUUGCUGCAGCUAAUAAAGUUAUGUUACCAUUAGAAAUUCAAUCAUUGUAAUCGGAAGUUCUUUUUAAUUUAUUUUAAUGUGGGCCAAACAGUAUUAUGACCUUUACAAUUAGCCUACUAUUAGAAUUAUCAAGAAUGGGCUAUUUGUUUACUUAAUUGCUAAAAAUACUAUUUAAACAAUUUUUAUAAAAGAUAUUUAGGUAAAUGGGUAUAUAUUUUAUUAUAAUUGAUAUAUUUUUAAGCAAAUUGUUCAUGGUGUAUGUCAGUGUUCUAUUUAAUAGCAAAAAUAUAUUUUUGUAUUUAUAUAAAUGUUAAACCUUGCAAUAAAUCAUUGACAAUUAUAUACCUAGAAAAUAACUUUAUUUUAUUAUUAAUAUUUCAUAUUGAAAGUAUAACAUUUAUUUUAAAGACAAAUAUCUAAGUAUAUUCAAAUUAUUGAACUAUAAAAUCCAGAAUGUGAUUUUUAAACUAAAUGUAUGUUCCUUAACUUCAAAGUUUGUUGUAUGUACAAUUUCCUAUAGUUAAAUUCAAUAUAUUAUAUGAUGUUUUUGAAAUAAGAUGCUAAUUUUUUAUUUGACUUACAAAUUAAUUGUAUUUAAUUAAAUAAAUAUACAUUUUA